AUGAGGGAGCAGUGUGCUCUCAUUGUGUCCUUAUUGCUUCUGAAGCUUUCUCUCAUCUUGUGCAGUUUGACAGACAUCAGCUGCUUUUGGAGAAUAAAGUACAAUGCAGAUGAUGAUGGAGAUAUGAGAACUGACUGUUACUUUUUUCUUUUCCUGUCUCCAGAAUUUGUAGAGGAAGAUUUUUAUAACACUCUCAUUGAUUUUAGAAUACCAACAUGGAAAUAUGAGUUUAUUCUUAUACUGCUUUUUGCUACUGAUGAGAUUAACAGGAACCCCUACCUUUUACCCAACAUGUCUUUGAUAUUUACCUUCCCUGUUGACAUGUGUUUUGAUACAUUGGAAAUAAUUGAUGAAAUAAAUUUACCACAAAAAAAUAAUAAUUUUCCAAAUUAUGUGUGUAUAUUUCCUGGAUGUGACAUAGGUCUUACAGGACCAUCAUGGACUAUGUCUUUAAAACUGGAACUCUCUUCCAUCAUAUUACUCACAUUGUUUCCUCUGUUCUUCAUCCUUCAGAUUUUCUUUGGACCAUUUCAUCCUAUCCUGAGUGACAAUGUCCGAUUUCCCCAUGUCUACCAGAUAGCACACAAGGAUACAUGUUUACCUCAUGCCAUGGUCUCUUUAAUGGAUUAUUUUACAUGGAACUGGAUCGGGUUGCUCAUUUUGGAUAAUGACCAGGGAACUCAGUUUCUCUUGGAUUUAAGAGAAGAGAUGCAUAGAAAUGGAGUCUGUUUAGCCUUUGUGAAUGUGAUCCCUGAUAGCGUGCAGACAUACAUGACCAGGGCUGAAAUAUAUGAUACUAGAAUCAUAACAUCUUCAGCAAAGGUUGUUAUCAUUUAUGGUGAAAUGAUCUCUACCCUAGAAGGUAGCUUCAGAAGAUGGGUAUAUUUAGGUGUACAGAGAAUCUGGGUCACCACCUCACAAUGGGAUGUCAUCACACGUAAAAGAGAUUUCAUCCUUGAUGCCUUCCAUGGCACUGUCACUUUUGCACAGCAUCAUGUUGAGAUAUCUAAAUUUAGAAACUUUAUGGAAACAAUGAACACUUCAAAAUAUCCAGUAGAUAUUUCUCAAAUGAGACAGAAGUGGAAUUCUUUUAAUUGUUCAGGUUCCAAUACCAACUAUAGCUCAAUGAAUCAUUAUUCUUUCAACACUUCAUUGGAAUGGUUAUCCCAGCAUAAUUUUGAUAUGGUCCUGAGUGAAGAAGGUUACAAUUUAUACAAUGCUGUGUAUGCUGUGGCCCACACUUACCAUGAAGCCAUUCUUCAACAAGUAGACUCUCAGGAAACAGAAGAAUCCAUUGGAAUAUUCUAUGAUUGUCAGAAGAUUGCUUCAUUGCUGAAGAAGAGGGUAUUUACUAAUCCUGUCGGAGAACUGGUGAACAUGAAUCUAAGAGAAAACCUGUGUGCAGAAUAUGAGAUUUUCAACAUUUGGAAUUUUCCUCAAGGCUUUGGACUAAAGUUGAAAAUAGGAGGUUACUUCCCUUAUUUCCCAAAGAGUCAACAACUGCACAUAUCUGAAGACUUGAAGUGGGCCAUGGGAGAAACACCGGUGCUGGUCGACCCUUCCAGAGAACAGCCAUGCCCAGCUCCUGUCUGUAAGCACAUCAUGGCAUUAGCACUAGUGUUAGGGUUUGGUGCCUGCCCAUCAGAUCUGGAACAGUGUGUGAGCUGUCUACCUGAUGAGUAUGCCAACAUAGAGCACACACACUGCCUGAAAAGGCAUCUCUCCUAUCUGGCCUAUGAAGACCCACUGGGAAUGGCUCUUGCUUGCAUGUCCCUGUGUUUCUCUGUACUCACAAGUCUUGUAUUUGGUACUUUUGUGAAAUACAGUGACACUCCCAUUGUGAAGGCCAACAACCGCAAUCUCAGUUACAUCCUAUUAAUCUCCAUCACACUCUGUUUCCUCUGUGCUUUGCUUUUUAUUGGGCAUCCUAACAUGGGUACCUGCAUCCUGCAGCAGAUCACAUUUGGUGUCUUUUUCACAGUGGCUUUAUCUACUGUCUUGGCCAAGACAAUUACUGUGGUUCUGGCUUUCAAGAUUACUACUCCAAGAAGAAGAAUGAGAUCAAUGUUGAUAUCAGGGGCACCUAACUUUGUCAUUCCCCUCUGUACGCUGAUCCAACUUGUUCUCUGUGGAAUAUGGCUAGCAGUACCACCUCCUUUUAUUGAUACAGAUACACAGUCUGAACAUGGGCAGAUCAUCAUUGUGUGCAACAAAGGCUCAGUCUUUGCCUUCCACCUUGUGCUGUCAUAUUUGGGAUCCUUGGCUCUGGGAAGCUUCACUGUGGCUUUCUUGGCCAGGAAUCUGCCUGAUAGAUUCAAUGAAGCCAAAUUCCUAACCUUCAGCAUGCUGGUGUUCUGCAGUGUGUGGGUCACCUUCCUUCCUGUCUACCACAGCACCAAAGGGAAGGACAUGGUGGCUGUGGAGGUCUUCUCCAUUUUGGCUUCCAGUGCAGGACUUUUAGUCUGCAUCUUUGUUCCAAAGUGUUAUGUUAUUUUGAAAAUGCCAGAUUCAAACUGUCUUCAAAAUUACACGAAUAAAUUACGAUAUUAA